UAUUGUUUGGAAAGUGGAUAUAGGGAGACCUCAUAUUCGAUCUUUCCUCUGCCAGUGGAAUCUGAGAAAAGUCUGCUUGGAGGUGCUAGAUCCAAGACUCACCAUGAAGACAUUGGGUUUUUUGUUUCUCAUUCUGACACUCUUUUUCCUGUACUCAGAUACUGUCGUUGAAGCAAGAAGAUCCCAACUACAGGUUGAUUGCCAAGGCUAUCCGAGAAACUUCUGCACCCUGGAGUUACAACGAAUGUGCGGUUCUGAUGGCCAAACGUACAGCAAUAAGUGCUUCUUCUGCAAUGCAUUUGUCAAAAGUCGUGGAAGGCUCUCCCUGAUUAGAUAUGGACCGUGCUAUGGAGCUAUGAAUGUCUAAAGAACAUCCACUAAAGAAUGUCACCCUCAGUUCAUGCCUUGCUCACCUUUUAGCAUCACCACAAACAAAGCCACCCAUUGUUUCCUCCUUGCAUUUUCUGCUUUAGUAGCUGAAGAAAACAUUGCAUCAUCUUGAUUGGAUUUAUCAAUAAAUAAGCUAAGCAGCAUUAUC